CUUCUUAAUAAAAACGGGUUAUUUGUGGUGAACUUGGGACUGAUAGAAAGAAUAAGCUUCCUGCAGUUGGUCGGUAUGAUAGGAAUCAAAGAUGAUCAUUUAUAUAAAUGUCCCUUUUUUACUGUAACCCCAAUUUCCCAGUGACUCAGACGUGCUCUCCAAUGGUGUGAGGACUUUACCUCUCGGUAGGACAGAAGUACAAGAAGGAUGGGAACCUUUGGUAGAGGUGGGACAUCGCUGGAGACCUUCAAUCAGAAAGGGAGAUGUAUGACAGAGCAGCAUAAUGGCUACUGUGGGUCCGUCACUGUCAAACGCACACUGGGAGAGAAUAUUGAUGCCAGCAUUAAAGAUGGUAGAAUGGGACUCCCUCAGCAACUGGUGCAACAUCCCAGGGCAGUGUGACAUCUGGUCGCUGGGCAUAACCGCCAUCGAAAUGGCCGAGGGAAAACCACCAUACGCAGAUGAAUACCCGGUGGAGCACCUGAUUAGAGAAGCCCAACCACCGAGGCUUCAAUCAAACAACUGGUCACAACAUUUCGUGUCCUUCUUGGAGUCGUGUCUGAAGAAGGAUCCUUCGGAGAGAGGGGAGUGCUGAAGAACUCCUGCAGCA